AUGCGGAUUGACACCCAGGAGUCGUACAAACGCUAUGCUGAUGGCUAUGUUCUUACCACUGAGUCUAUGUACUGGCUUGUAAAUCACUUUCUCCACAACGAGGCUGAGAGGUUGGAUCCACGUGCAUCUCCAAUUCUCCGGACAAAGUUUGGCCACCUUCCACCAGCCUUGUAUGUUGCUGCCACACACGAUGUCCUGUUUGACGAAGGGAUGGAAUAUGCCAAAAAACUGAAAGAAGCCGGUGUAACGAUUGAAACCCUUAUGUUAGAGGGCAUCACCCACGGUGUGGUUAAUUUCCCAAAUUACUACAAAGAGACGGUCGCCAUGACAUGCAAAAAGAUUGCAGAGUUCGUACAAAAGCAUUCUGAAUAA